UUCUCUCGAAUUCGUUUCCUUGUUUCUUUUGAACUUAAUCAAAGUUUUAUCGAAUUAUAAACGCGAUCAUUGACUCCAGAAAUUGUCAGAAUCUUUUCUUUUUAAAGUCUCCUUUCCUUUCCUGCAUUUUCACGUAAACCAAACGGAUAUUAUAUCAUCAUCAUUGUCCUUUUUACCUUAUUAACUUAAAAGCACUUGGCUUUUCGUGCGGGUUUCUUACUUUUCUUUUCCUUUCCUCCAUUUUCCCACCUACCAAACUAAGAUGGAUAUUGAAACAAUUAUGGGUGAAACGAUGACCCGUUCUCAGAAUAUUCCAACAAAGAGUGCAAUUUAUGUGUGGGGAUAUAAUCAUAGUGGCCAGACUGGUAGGAGAGGGAAAGAACAACACUUGAGGAUCCCUAAACAGCUAUCGCCCGAUCUCUUUGGGUGUCCGGCGGGGGCAAAUUCCCGCUGGCUGGAUAUUGCUUGCGGCCGUGAGCAUACUGCGGCGGUGGCCUCAGAUGGGUCAUUAUUCACGUGGGGUGCUAAUGAGUUUGGACAACUGGGAGAUGGCACUGAGAAGGGGAGGAAAAACCCAAAGAAAGUAAAGCAAUUGCAGAUGGAGUUUGUGAAAUUUGUAUCUUGUGGGGCACAUUGCACAGCUGCUAUUGCAGAACCUCGUGAAAAUGAUGGGACUAUCUCAAAAAGGAGACUCUGGAUUUGGGGACAAAAUCAGGGAUCAAAUUUACCUCGUUUAUUUUGGGGUGCAUUCACUCCUAACAUGGUUAUCCGUCAAGUGUCCUGUGGAGUGGCCCAUGUAGUUGCUUUAUCAGAGGAAGGCCUACUACAGGCUUGGGGCUAUAAUGAGUAUGGUCAGCUAGGCAGAGGCGUUACUUCCGAAGGAUUACAGGGUGCUCGUGUGAUAAAUGCAUAUGCAAAAUUCCUGGAUGAGGCUCCUGAGCUUGUGAAGAUUACCCAAGUGUCAUGUGGGGAGUACCACACUGCAGCUGUUUCUGAAAAAGGCGAGGUCUAUACUUGGGGUCUAGGAAACAUGGGUCAACUUGGACACAGUUCCCUUCAAUCUGGUGAUAAAGAGCUCCUGCCAAGGAGAAUAGUUGCUCUGGAUGGUAUAUGCAUUAAGGAUGUUGCUUGUGGUGGGGUACAUACAUGUGCUUUAACUUCAAAGGGAGCACUUUAUGCGUGGGGUGGUGGUCAAGUAGGACAGCUAGGCCUUGGCCCUCAAACAGGAUUCUUUUCAUGCAACCCUAAUGAUUCAUUCUUUCGUAAUAUCCCUGCUUUGGUUGUUCCCACCGGUGUCCAGCUUGUUGCUUGUGGACAUUCUCACACACUUAUUUGUUUGAGAGAUGGAAGAAUUAAUGGAUGGGGCUACAAUAGUUAUGGUCAGGCAGCAAAUCAGAAAUCUAUUUAUGCGUGGUAUCCUUCACCAGUUGACUGGUGCGUUGGUGAAGUGCGAAAACUAGCAGCUGGGGGUGGUCAUUCCGCUGUAUUGACUGAUGCAUGUUCUUUGAAAGAACUUUGCGAGUUUAGGCUUGCAGAGUGUGUGACCUUAUCAAAUGCUGCACAGAUAGGGGAUGUUGCUUCUCGAACUGGAGCAGAUGCUUUAGCACGUCUUUGCGAGAGACUGAGGGAACAUCAUCUUCAUGGUGGUGGUUUUGACGAUCAGGAUGACAUCAAAAAUAUGAAGAGCUGACUGCUCGCUACGAAUUUCGUGUUGUGACCUUCAUUACCAACCUUAGAAUUGUAGGAUAAUUGUGAAUCAGUUCAAAAUCCAUCCAUUGUAUUGGUUAGAACAGUAUAGCAGAAAAACUAAAACAUGAACUCAAAUAACAGACUUGUUUAGUACGAGUUGGUAGAACUUGAAAGUUUGUAUGGCUUGAUAAUUGGAAGGCUUACAAACAAACAUUCACCCCUAACAA